GAAGCGUUACCGACACUAAUUCGUACGUGUGAGUAUUUUGGCUUCAAAUUUGCGGACGAUCGUCACAAUGCGGACAGCGUGCGAACAUAUCAGUGGAACACACGAUAUGUGGAACUCACGGACCACGUACUCGAUUUCAAGAAAAAAUGCGCCAAUAUAGCAGCAGGGAAGAGAAUCGUGGUCAAACCUAUACUGGUUUUUAUUGUUGCACAGGCGAAAGAUGAGAUUUACGAACAAAAGAAAUAUUAUGAUUGGGAGGGAGGGGUCGGGAUUUUUUUCACUGAUCUUAAUACUUGUUGCUUUUUGCUUACCUUGCUCGGGCAAAAUAUCCCCGCCGUUAUAGGAAUGAUCAAGACAGCCUGUGAUCAGGAGGAAGGUAUUGCAUGCCAGGUGGUACGCACAGAAACAUUCAUGAAAAUGCGUGGAGGUGGUGAACGAAAUACCGUUGCACGCAAUCUUUGUAUGAAAAUUAACGCCAAACUUGGUGGCAUCAACAAUGAGCUGGCUGGAAAUCGUCACAACUGGCAGAAAUUCACGGAUGAACGAGAUCCAACACUUUUCAUUGGCAUUGAUGUGACGCAUCCGCCAUCCGGCGAUACUGCGAGCCCAUCAGUUGCAGCUGUUGUGGGAUCAUUGAAUAUCGCUGCAACCAGGUAUGCUGCCUCCAUAAAAAUUCAGCAUCGCAACAAGGAAAAGGUGGCAUACGUUGUUGACGCAUUCCGGGCGCGUAUCGUCGAUUUUGAACUGCAAACUGGCCGUAAACCGCAGCACAUCGUGGUACUUCGAGAUGGUGUUUCGGAUACUGAAUUUUUGGAUGUAAUGAACGAGGAGUUGCUGUAUCUCAAAUCAGCAGCACAUCAGCUGGCGCAUGACUACAAACCGACCGUUUCGUACGCCGUAAUACAGAAGCGACAUCACUCUCGUUUUAUGAGUGAAAAUGAUCGAGCUGGCCGAUUUGUCUCAUAUAAAGCGUUCUGCAGGAGACAGGUGAAGAGAUUUCACAAGGAUACUUCAAAUAAUGAUAAAAAUGUGCCACCGGGAACAGUAGUGGAUCGUGCAGUGACGAGUUGCUCCACUUUUGAUUUCUACCUCUGCUCACACUACGGCGCUCUGGGAACCUCAAAACCGGCUCACUAUACUGUUCUGUACGAUUCAUGGCAGUUAACAGCCGAUGAAUGGCAGCAAUUGGCUUAUGCAUUAUGCCAUGUGUACGUCCGGUGCAAUAAAUCAGUGUCACUGCCAGCACCGGUCUUUUAUGCACAUUUGGCCUGUGAUCGCGCCAAACGAAUUCUGCGAUAUAGGUAUGCGUGUUUCCAUAAAAUAUGA